UGCAUAGACUCUUUCUUUAUGCAUUUCAUCAUGGCGUCCGGCACUGUUCUCUUCAACCUCUUUCUCCUUUUCUCGAUUUCCUCGUUAACCCAAGGAAAAGUGAUUGAUCUCACCAAGGAUAAUUUUGAUGAGGUAGUUAAUGGAGAAAAGUUUGCUCUUGUUGAAUUCUAUGCCCCAUGGUGUGGUCACUGCAAGCAGCUCGCCCCUACCUAUGAACAGCUUGGUGAAGCCUAUACCCAGUCAAGUGACGUCAUAAUUGCCAAGGUGGAUGCUGAUGGGGAUCGGGACUUAGGGUCAAGAUUUGAUGUUAAAGGAUUUCCUACCAUCAAGUAUUUUCCUAAAGGAAGCACCACUCCAGAAGAAUACAAUGGUGGGCGUGACAUCAAUGACUUUAUAAAAUUUAUUGAAGAAAAAACUGGUGUUCGAGGCAGAGUGCCUGUCAUCCCAUCAGCUGUCGCAGAUCUUGAUGAAUCCAAUUUUGAUAAGAUUGUCAAGAACCCUGAUAACAAUGUUCUGGUGGAGUUCUUUGCACCUUGGUGUGGUCACUGUAAAAAUCUUGCUCCAGUUUAUGAAAAAGUUGGUGAAGCUUUCAAAAAUGAACCAAAUUGUGUUAUUGCCAAAGUUGAUGCCGAUGCUCACUCCGCCCUGGGCCAAAAGUAUGGAGUAAGUGGGUACCCCACCCUCAAGUUCUUUUCCAAAACCAACAAGGACGGAGAAGAGUAUUCUAGUGGACGUGAUGAACAAUCAUUUGUGGACUUCAUGAAUGAGAAAUGUGGAACCAAACGGACACCUGGUGGAGGACUGAAUGAACAGGCUGGAAGAAUCAAUGCUUUUGAUGGAUUUGCAGUAGAGUUCAUGAAGAACAAGGAUGGCCGUGAUAAUGUUUAUAACAAUGCUAAAUCUGCUGUGGAUAAACAAGACGACCAAAAGAUGGCUACCUAUUACGUGAAAGUCAUGGAGCGAGUGCAGUCCAAGGGAGACUCGUUCAUCCAGACAGAGACCAGCCGACUUGAACGUCUUCUUGAGGGGCAAAUCAGUGCAGGCAAGAAAGACCAGUUCAUUAUGCGUAAGAACGUGCUAUCGCAGUUCGCUAAAGGAAUGGAAAGCAAGGAAGAGCUAUAAAGAGGCAAACGUGAAGUCGACGAGCACAAGAGCCUAAAGAUCUGAGCAUUUCUCUUUGACUUUUUCCAUCAGAUGCUUUAGAAACCAUCCUUGGAAAACAAGUGUGUUUUUUAAUGGAAUUACAUAGAAUACACUUUGAAUUUCGAGGAUUGUUAGAAGUCGUCUAUGAAGUCUUUGAGAAGAUUUUCAUGUCAUCAUGUCCUUCAAAUGUUGACCGACCCUUUUUAGUAUUGUAGAUUCACUUAGUUAAUGCUUCAGCAAUUGUUUGCAGCUUCUCUAACUAAAAAUAGUGUUUUAUUUGCGAAAUGCAUUUGAAUAGUGCCAUUUUCCCCUAUUUUGUAAAACUCUCACUGUCCAUACUUUUUUUAUAAAGGUUUGUAAAAGGAAAUUAAAAAAACUUGUUCACUA